AUGCAUACAAGUCGGGGUGAUUUGAAGCAUGGUCAGAGUUUGGAAUAUAUUCAGUAUGGUGGAGGCGUUUCGUGCAUAAAUUGGGAAGCAAAUUUGAAGGUUGGCCGAGUUUAUCCAAAUAAGAUUGCCCUUUUAAAAACCAUCAGUUUAGCAGCUAUUACAGGCCACUUUCGAUUGAGAACUGUCCAAUCUGGGAAGCAUCGGUUGUGUGUUCGCUGUUGGCAGCUUCCUUGCCCUUGGAAAGUUCGGGCAUAUAAAGUUGGAUUACAUGAGUUUAAGGUUGUUAAAUACGAUCCACUUCAUGAAUGUGAUAUAACGUAUAUAAGUAGUCAUCAUCCUCAAGCUACGACUGAACUGCUGUCUGACUGUGUUAAGUGGAGAUUUCAGGAUUCGCGCAGCAUUUAUACAGCAGCUGAUAUCAAGAAAGAUGUGAAACAAAAUUUCGGUGUGAGCAUAAGCUACUCUACAGCGUGGAGAAGCCGAGAGUUAGCUUUCAAAAGAAUUAGAGGGUCUGCAGAAGAGUCGUAUUCCCUUCUCCCUUCCUAUUGUUAUGAAUUGGAGCGUACAAAUCCGGGAACUUUGACAUACAUUGAGACUGAUGCAGCUGAUCACUUCUUAUAUUUUUUUAUGGCAAUUGGUGCAUGCAUACGAGGAUUUAAGUCGUCAAUGCGGCCCGUGAUUGCUGUUGAUGCUACUCAUUUGAAGUGCAAGUAUAGAGGUGUUUUGUUUGUUGCGACCGCAUUUGAUGGAAAUCGGAACAUAUAUCCUAUUGCCUUUGGGAUUGGAGAUUUGGAGACGGAUGCAGCUUGGGAGUGGUUUUUGAGAAAACUACAUUGUGCAAUUGGUGAUUGCUCGAAUCUCGUUGUCAUAUCAGAUCGCAAUCGGGAUCCGAUAUUGGGGUAUUUUGUAAGGGCAGCUAAGUCUUAUCGUCUAGCGGAGUUCAAUCGUCACUUUUCCAGGAUAAACAAUGACCGAGUGCGAACUUAUUUACUACGUGCAGGCAUCCAGAAGUGGUCUCGGGCCCAUUGUGAUGGACGACGAUAUAAUGUGAUGACAACGAAUAUUGUGGAGUCCAUUAAUUCAGUUCUUCGGUUUGCAAGGAUGCUUCCGGUGCUACACUUGAUUGACGAAAUUACAAAUCUACUUGUCUGUUGGUUUAGGCAACGUCGAGAGUUAGCAAUGAAAUCUCAUUCUACGUUGUGCCCUGAUUUAGGGGAAAUUAAGUUAAGGAAGAGGUUAGACGCUGCGUCAAGGAUGAAUGUGGUCAAAAUCAAUGACGUCGAGUAUAAUGUUCUGGAUGGUGAUUUGAACGGUCUGGUGCACUUGCAAAACCGUAGUUGUACAUGCAGGAAGUUUGACUUGGAGCAACUCCCGUGCAAGCACGCUAUUGCGGUAUGUCGGCACUUGAAAUUGAACCCCUACUCCUUUGCCUCUUCUUAUUAUACACGAGCUACAUGGGCAGCUGCAUAUGCUGAAUCUAUUUAUCCUGUACCACCUGAAGGCACAUGGGUUAUUCCCCAAAAUGUGAAGAAGGUCAAAAUCCUCCCUCCUCUUUGUAAUGUUAUGCCGGGCCGUCGCAAAACGCAAAGAAUAGCUUCGAGAGGAGAGGAGUCCCGUCAAAAAAAAUGCUCAAGGUGUGGUGUGAAGGGCCACUACCGAAGUACAUGCAAACAAUCUGUCCCUCUCACCAACAAGCAGCACGUUGCGUAG